GCAACGGAUGCGCGAAUAGAGUAAGAUCGCAAGCAUGGUAAAGUGAGACAAGCUACAUUGGUCAUCGGUGUGACUUGUUUCAUUUGUGUGGUGCUCAUUUCGUGCUCUCUUGCUCACUCGCCACUUCCUUUCUUUGUCUAAAACUGUGAGGGCAGCACUAUUUAGCUGUGAAGCGUCAACCAAUCAGAGAAAAGCAUUUUCUGUUCAUUGCCUCAAAUUUCUGAGCGCUUUGCCCCAACAUCGCAUACUGUAGUCAGUCAGUACUAGUCUUUCCGCCAUUACGGUAUGUCGUACAUACAUAUUGUGAUAUGCAUCGAUGAUUACGAAGUAUCAAAAAUACGUUAAUAGGAAAAUGUGAAGGCAGUGAGGACGCAUUGCAUUCUGUAUCUUUCUACUAUUUACGUUUUGUUAAGUUUAACAAGUAUAAUAUGUGUUACAAUCAAAAUGACUUGUACGUCUUGAGAUUGAAGUGUUGAAGGGAGUUAAAUAGUGUAAUAAGAAUGUGUGUGUCUUAGAUUAAUAAGCUGAAGAACUGUAAACCCUUUGUAUAAUUCUUUUUUCAUUGUUGAAAAUGUCAACAGAAUAUAGUAGAAGUGUUUUAAAAAUGGUUGUCGCUCAAAUUUGUCAAACAAUCGGGUGGCAUUCAAUUAAUUCAACACCACUAGAAUUUAUGGUUGAUCUGAUGCAGGAGUACAUUUUGCGAAUAGCAAAAUUAUCACACCAGUACACAGAAAUUUUGGGAAGAACAGAACCAAAUCUCAAUGAUUUAGGAUUAGCUUUUCAACAUAUGAAUAUUGAUAUACAGGAAUUAUCAGAUUACAUCAAGAAUGUGGAUCCAGUUCCUUAUCCUAUAGCAGUACCUAAAUUUCCAAUUCGACGUGAAAAUCAUUUAAAUUUUCUAAAACCAGGCAGUCGAGAAGUUGUAACCAGGCCAAUGCAUGUUCAUGAACAUUUACCAGCUAUGUAUCCUGAUACUGAAGAUUACAUAGCAGACAAAUCUGAAUCCUUACUAAAUGGAUCAUCUGAUUUAUCAUCAACUAAUGGAACAUCAACGAAUAGUUCUAUGAAUGUGUCGCCUCAUAGAAUGUCUCCACAAGUAGUGUUUAAGCGCCCAGGUGAUCCUGUAUCAUUUGAAAGUCCAAUAGUAAAACGUGUAAAGGUAGUAGAAGAAGGCAGACCAUUGCGUGAAAUCCAUAGUGUAAUGAUGACCACCUCAGGUUUUUUAUCACCUGCUCGGGAAGGAAAACUACCUGAAGCAAGAACACCUCAUCAGACUCGUCCAGAUUCACCUCAAUCUAGUUCUUAUCCAAUGGUACCACCUGAAUUGAAGUAUGACAAAAAGCCGAAGAAGAUUAUAAAGAAAGGGUUGGAAGAUGGUAAGCUUGAUAAGGAGAAUAAGAAGAAGAAUCGUGCUAAAGAAUUAUUCAAACCAAAUAAGGUGGAUGAUAACAAAACUAAGAAGUUAGUUGGUAUGAAAGAGUUAGCUAAAUUAAAACCUUUAAAGCCGGGAGGUGGAAAAUCGCAAGGUACUGCACAGAGUUCAUCGAGCAGACCUUCAACUCCCAAAUUAAUGUCACCUAAAGCAGCUGGCAGUCCAAAAUUAACAAAAAAAGUAGAACCUAAGGUUAAACCAGAGAAAGUAAUAGAUAUUCCUGCUGGGCCACCUGCGAUAGAAAGGAAAGAGGACAAUAUUGAUAAGCUACCAUCAGAACCUGAUAAGCAGAAAUUGAAUAUUUUCAAAAAGAUUUCAAAACCACGAGAAGAUAAAGAAAAGGAUACAUCAGAGCAACACAAAUACAAAGAACUCGACUCGAGAGAAAGUUCUCCAGGUUUGAUAAUUGAUGAAAACAAUGAUAAGCAAGCGCUUCGCAAUGAUACUGAAGUAAAGCAUGAAGAAAAGAAGGCCCCACAUACGCCAGAUGUACAUAUUCAACCCGAUGGAGGGGAAAUAAUUGAUUUGCCCAGCCCAGGAUCAGAUGUUUAUAUGUUUGAUGACAUGUCUCCACCAGGAACACCUAGCACGCCUAGAACACCAGAACUGAACAUGCCUCCAACUCCUACUGAUCAUAAAAAGAAAAGGAAAGAAAAGAUCAGCAAGAAGAAGGAACUGAAAUCGAGAAGUCCAAAACACUGUACCAGUCCGAAAAAGACAAAGCUUUCUAACGACUUGGUAGAGGUGGAUAUAUUAGAACGACCAAAAACCCCACAAGCACCGGAACCUCCACUUUCCAAAGAACCAAGUUUUCCACCUACACUUCCAUUUCCCUUUUUAUCCGCGUUUCCUCCAGCUCCGGGUUUAAUACCACAUCCUAUGUUCUCCAGAUUUCCAUUGCCUUUAGGUAGGGGUGGACCUGGGCCACAUCCAGCAAUGCCAAAUUUACCUUUACCGCCUCGUUUUUUAAAUUUACCUGUGAAAUCCGAAGACUUUCCUAGCGUAUCGAAAAAUAGACUUGUGGACCGAGAUAAACCGGUGACACCUUCGGUAAAUGAACCAGUACCUCCUGUUACGAAACAUGAAAAAUUGGAGAAGGAAAAGGAGGAAAAACCGAAGAUAAUUAAACAGGAUAAAGAAGUACUCACACCGGCACCUACGAAUUCUAUUGUAAUGCCUUUAGCAUCGGCACUUGCAACACCAGUUACAUAUCCUACACCAAUCCCGGUUCCUGUACCACUACCCUCGAAAAGUACAAAAUUGGAGAAAUUAGAAAAGAAUGAAAAAAAAUCGAAGGAACAUAAAAAGGAAAAGAAGGACAAAAUAAAAAAGAAGAAAGAUAAAAAAGAGAAACAUAAAGAAAAAACAGAGAAAGUAAAAGAGAAAAAAGAAAAAAUUGAGAAAAAGGAAAAGAUCGAGAAAGUUAAAGAGAAAAAGGAGAAGAAAGAUAAACGGAAAGAAAAAGAGAAAGAAGAUAAAAAUUCGGAAGCUGUGCCUAAAAUAACAUUAAAAUUAGGAACAGCUUCUCCAAGACCACCAACUCCAGAUGCUGCACCUAUGAAAAAAAUGGAAAUGUGUUAUAGAACAAUAAAAACAUUACUGAAGAAACCAGAGGACGAGACGAAACGUGAACCAAGUCCAGAAUUGGCGAAAAUAUCAGCAUUAGUAACGCGACCGCCAAAGCAAAAGUCGGCAAGUAAGAAAACAGAGGAGGGAAUAUUAGAUGGAAGCCCUGCUCUUCCUACAGAUACUUUCUCUGCCAAUCUUACUAGUGUGCCACUCGCAACAGUUCCUCGAGCAAAGAAAUCUCUCUUCAAAGCCUUACCUCAGAGAGAAACCCUUCCAUCUCAAUUUGAUCCUCCUACUAAGAUCCCACCUCCUCCGCAACAACAACCACCGUAUUAUUUUAGACGAAACCAGAUGCAGCUCUUAAAAAGGAUGAUGCUAAGGAAGACAAAGAAAAUGGCAGGAUUGUGUUGCCCACAACACCAACCACUACUGUGGAUCAAGGUGGUCGUCAAGUAUGGAUUUGUCCUGCUUGUGGCAAGCAGGAUGAUGGAUCGCCGAUGGUUGGUUGCGAUGAUUGUGACGCAUGGUAUCAUUGGGUGUGUGUUGGUAUGCAAGUACCACCAGCUGACAACGAGGACUGGUAUUGCCGCUUUUGUAUAGCUAAAAAACAAGAACUGCACCAUGAUAAGAAGAAGAAAAAGAGGAAGAAGAAGGUUAAAGUUGCAGCCUAGUACAAGCUACCCGGAUCUUGUGUAAGAUCCGGUCCUGCUAUUCAAACCUCAACCAAAGUUAAAAAGAACAGCAAGCUCAGAGUGGGAACUUUAAAGAAUAAGAAAUUAUCGAAAACUGAAAUGAAGAUACAAAUGAAGUCAUUAAAAGAGAAAACUAUACCCAUCAAGGGGAAAGCAGGAAAGACUCUCAUGAAAGUUAAGACUGUAAAGAAGAAGAGUAAGAAGAUAAAAGAUAGUGCAAUUCAAUUGACUUAAAAAGUGUUACCUUUUGUGAUCAUUGUCACAGAUUCAAAGAAACUUAAUUUUAACACGUUGAUUGCUAAAUAAUUCUAAGGUAAUAAAUUAUGUAUCCAACCUA